AAUAGAUAAAUGUUCUUUUUGUUAAAGUGUCUGUGGUGAAAAGAGACUGAGGACAGUGUCAGGUGUUUUAUUAAAGUGAAACUAAGAACAGGAGUGGUUAAUUUCAUACUGAUUGUGACUGACUAGAUUUUAGUAGAUUUACUGCUCCUGUCUACAUUCUCAGUCAUAAGACAGAUUCUUUUCAGCACAGCACAGUUCUUGAUUUGUCAUGGAGGAAAAUAAACUGGGGAGACAAAAAGGGAGCUCUGGAGUACAUCAACAACUACAAACCUCAGACUGAAGGUCAGCAGCUCAGGAUUCUUCUUCAUGGUCCAGUUGGAGCUGGAAAGUCCAGUUUCAUCAACUCGGUCCAAAGCGUCUUGAAGGGCAGAAUGUGCACACUAGCUUUGGCAGACAACACCACUCACGGCUGUUUCACCAAACAGUACACAACCUACAAGAUCCAAAAAGACAACUCAGAGACUUUCUAUCCUUUUGUCUUCAAUGACAUCAUGGGCCUGGAUCCACAGAGAGGUGUCCUAGUGGAUGACGUCAAACUGGCUUUCACAGGACAUGUAAAGGAAGGUUAUGUGUUCAAUCCUGAAUCUAAACUGUCAGAGGGAAAUGAGUUCUACAACAAAUCUCCAACUGUCAACGACAAAGUGCAUGUUCUGGUUUGCAUCGUUCCUGCUGACACAUUAUCUUCAAUGAGCGACGAAACUGUGCAGAAACUUCGGGACAUCAGAUUGGAAGCCAGUCGUCUGGGGAUUCCUCAGGUCACCGUUCUCACCAAAGUUGAAGAGGCCUGUCCAGAGAUCAAGAGAGAUUUAAAGAACGUCUACAGAAGCAUAAUCCUGAAGGAGAAGAUGGAGCAGUUCAGUGCAGAUGUGGGUAUACCCAUGAACUGCAUCUUUCCUGUCAGAAACUACUAUGAAGAAAUUGACCUCAGUGAUGAUACUGAUGCUCUAAUCCUGAGCGCCCUGAGACGUAUCAUCAACUACGGAGGAGACUUCUUCAACAGGAAAACUGUGUAGGAUUUGCUCUUCUGUUGACUCUGUCAUCUGUCUGUAAAAUAUUUUCCUGGAGAAUCUCUUGAGUUUAUAUGUCAUGAUUGACAGAAAGAUUUUAUCUGAACUUUAUCUGACAUUAUUCAGAGUGUAACUCACUAGCUUUGACUGCUGAAUGAGGGCAGAUCAGAUUUACUGUGACAGUGAGGUUAUUGUAACUGGACUGCAGCUGUAAUCCGUCAGAAAUACACGAGCAGUAUGUAUUAUCAGGCAGCUCCAGCAGAGGGCAGCAUGCUGUUAUUUUCUGGUGGUUAAGUCUACAUCUUCAUCGUCUUCAUCAAAGCUUCGCAAAUUAGCAGCUCCAAGUGGGAACACACGCCAGUCUGUUACAUACUUAAAACCACUUGAUUAUAGUCAAACAUGCUGAAUUUUGUCCUUAAAAGCACAUUGAUUUCUGUAUCUUAAAUAAGGAAAAUACAUUGGCUGUUUUAGGUGAAUGCAUAAGAACAAAAAUACUAAAAUGAAAUGACAGGUUUUGAUUGUCAUCAGUUAUAUGUCAUUUUCUGUAAGGUUGAACCUCUGAAUUCAGUUAAGGAGCUGAUUUAUUGGAAUAUAACCCAACUUUUCAUUGGUGGAAAGCAACAAAAAACAAAACAAAACAAAAAAAACUUAAAUUAAAAAAAUCCAAUUUUUCAACACUGAUGUAUUCAUUUAUCAUCAAACAGCAGAAAACAUCUUUUUCAGUUUUUCAGAAGGACUGAUGAAAGAGACUAUCAACUGGAAAAUACACUGUGUAAAGGAAGCUUGAAUAACAGAGGGUUGGAAAUGGAGGGAAUCGAGCUCUGUCUGUUGAAGGUGUGGGGAUAAAUGUUUCGGGGGCUGAAAACCCGUCUCGAGACCAGUUUGGGCUCCAUACGUCAGUCUGACCCUGAUUCUGAACAGCCCUGAACGUCAUUCUGCGUGUGCAGCUCGGUGUUUGGUGUUUGCUGUGUGCGUGGCGUUUUCAGCAGCAGAGCAGAACACAGUGUUUUCAUCAGUGUGUUUCUGAGAGCUGCUGCUGCUUUCUGACCCAGUUUCCCUGCUUGACUUGACUGGGUUGUUUCCAGUGCUGCUGUGGGAGGUCCCUGCUGGGUCCCCUUCACAAACACAAACACAGCUCACUAUGCUCUCUCAUGUGUAGGCAACGCUUCCCUUUCUGACCGUGAAAUUCUGCAGUAAUCUAAGCAGCGUUCACAUAUUGUGACUGCAGUGAAUUUUAUCUAAUCCAUAACACCAACUAACCUCGUUAUUAUUUAUGUCCUGAAUACACAGUCACGAAAUCUUUAAAAGGUUGAUUU